AUGCCUAUCUGUCCUCUCGCACCUCAAGUCAAACAGCACUUUAGUCACUUAGCGCUUGCAGACCCAGGAUUCGACCGUUCCGACCCCAUAGAUUUACUUUUGGGUGCUGAUGUGUACUCCCAGGUCAUGAACGGUAAACGAAUUGUCAUCAAUGAUUCGUUGCCUGCUGCUUUCGGGUCCUUGUUUGGCUGGAUCAUUAUCGGCCCUGUUCAGGGCUCUGUGUCUCAAUCGUUCCAAUCUAAUGUUGUGUCACUUACCAUCUCUUUAGAGACGGUAUCUUAUCCAACGGUUAUCCAACGGUUUAUCCAACGGUUUUGGCAAGUGGAAGAGCCGGACGAAGUUCCAGACACAUUCACCAAGGACGGUCAAUGUGAAAGUAUUUACAUUUCGGAACGGACACGUGAUUCUACGGGACGAUUUGUAGUUCCACUACCAUUUUUAAAUGAACACCGGUCCGAGACGUUUCCCGGUUCCAGACAAAUAGCUGUGCGACGCUUUCAGAAUCUGGAAAAGAAGCUCCAAGACAAUGACACCUUAGGCCAAGCAUACAGACAGUUUAUGCAUGAGUACGAAUCGUUGGGACAUAUGUCCAUUGCUCCUUGCCCAGGUUCAUACUUUAUUCCACAUCAUCCGGUGUUUAAGGGAUCGCCAACUUCGAGCAAGAUACGAGUUGUCUUCGAUGCAUCUGCAACGGCAUCGAACAAGCUUUCGUUAAACCAAUGUCUGCAUACCGGCCCUAAAUUGCAACAAGAUAUCAUCGACAUCCUUCUACGGUUCCGCGUGCACAAGCACACAUUCACUGCUGAUGUGUGCAAAAUGUACCGCCAGAUUUUAGUACAUCAGCAAUAUCGGUCAUUUCAACACAUAGUUUGGCGGGCGUCACCAACGGAUGAACUGAAGGAAUAUCAGCUUAACACGGUCACCUAUGGCGUGAAUUGUGCCCCCUACCUGGCCCUGAGAGUACUCCAAGACAUGGCAGACCAAGAGGGAGAUGACUUUCCGACGGUUAGAGAUGCGUUGUUACAUCAGACAUAUGUCGAUGACGUAUGUGUUGGAGCUGAUACUACCGGUGGACUUCUCAAGUUGCAAUCAGAUCUGCAAUUAGUCCUGGGCCGCGCCGGUCUGGAUCUCAAAAAAUGGUCAA